AGCAAGAAAAAAAGCAAAAAGAACAGGCAGACCGAGAACAAAGAACCCAAAUUUACACCGCUAAAAACAUGCUAAUAAAAAGUUCGGAGGAAUUUGAAAAAGAAAGGGAAGAUAAGAUACUUAAUCUAGAAAAAGAAAGAAUAGAUUUUGUGGCCACAAUUGAAAGCCAAAAAACCAAACUCAACAAACAAACACAAAUCCUUACUUUGCAGCAAACAAUUAAUAGAUUUGAACAAGAAAAAUUAGAAACGGUUUUUAACUCACCAUCCCAAACUAUUACUUAUCCCGAAGCGGAAGAAAACCAAAUCAAGCCUAAAGAGAUGAAAACGGCAGGCGUUCAAACCGAUAAAAAUCUGGAUGGAACUCAGGUAAUGUUUCUCGCGGGAGGUGUAGUGAUUGGCUUGGCUUUGUUUGGUUUGGUAAAAAUGGUUUUUGGUGGUAAAGAGAAUAGAGGAAUCUCGGGCAAACUAAUUAUUACCGAUUUUCCCCAGUUAGAGAAAAUAUAUGUAAGAAAAAAUAAAUUAACCCAACUUCGCCUAAAUAAUUGCUCGCAAUUAACUUAUUUAUAUUGUCGUAGCAAUAAACUUACGGAAUUAAUUAUUACUAAUUGCCCUAAUUUGCAGAUAAUAGAUGCUUCUAUUAAUCAAUUAACCAAUCUUGAUUUAAGUAAUAAUCGGCAAUUAGAAGAAUUGAAUAUUAGCAAUAAUCAACUAGUUAAGUUAGACUUAACUAAUUGUCAAAAAACGAAAGUGCUUUAUGGAUUAUGUAAAAAAUGUAAUCAAUUAAAUACUAGUUCUGAUUACUUGGAGCGAUUAACAGGAGAAGAGGAAUUUACUAAUAUUGAAUAUUUAGCCGAAGGCGGAGUAAGUGAGAUUAUCCUUAAAAGUCUCAACAAUUCUCAAAAUAUUACUUUGGAGUUUUUAAGAGAAAUUGCUAAUAUCAAUUUAGCUAGACAAUUUAGUGGUGGCAGCGAAAAAGGUGGAAUUGUAAAAUGCUAUGGUAUCACCCAAAGCACAGCGACUAAGAACUAUUUCAUGGUAAUGCAAUACAUGAAUGGUGCCAACUCUUAUCCUUAUCCGAAAACGGACGAGAUAGAGUUAUCUUUGAAAAUCUGUCAAGGGUAUAGGCCCAAUAUAGACGAACUAGAAAUUCCUCAAUUAUUAAAAGAUUUGAUCAAAAAGAAAGAAAGCAUUGAAUUCAAACAGCAGUAUCAAUCUAUAAAAGAAAAAUACAAUCACUUUUCUGAAAAUACUCCUUAUCAAAUCCAUCCCUCAGCCAUUACUACUAGCAAAAUGAUAAACACUAAGGAAAUCACUACAAGAUUAU